AUGAAAAUCACAAAGAUCUUUUAUUUCUUCGCCGCCUUAUUGGCCUUAAACUUCAUUGCCCCAAACUACUUUAACGGAUAUGUAGAAGCAAAAAAACCCUUAACACCAGCUGAAAAGAAAAAGAGAAACCAACAAAUUAUGUUAAUCUCUGGUAUUACCUCAGCUUUAGCAGUUCUCAUUGGUGCCGGUGUAGGUCUUGGAAUCCACUACAAAAACAAAAAUAACGGUGAUGAAAAGAAAGAUAAAGCUGGAGCAAAAACCACAACCGCCGCCCCAAAAAACUAA